AUGAAGGACGCUGUGAAUGAGCUAAGACAAGAGACUAAUCGCGCUGUGAACCAUUGUCAGUACACUCCUCUUCCAGGAGGGAGAUACACCCGCGUGCUCGAGCUGCACCCCGGAGCAGGCGAUGAGCCUCUGCGCGGCACCCUCUCAGAUGUCUCCCUGGACGACUCCUCGCUCGAGUUCGAAGCACUCUCCUACGUCUGGGGCGCGGGGUACGAGAACGCAGGCACAGUCAGCCUCGGCGGCGGCCAGUGUCUCGAGCUACGGCCUAACCUCACUGGCAGUCCUUGGCUAUUUAUGUGUUGUUUAUGA